UGCAACAAGCCGUCGGGCGCUUCCGCUUGGCACUAAGACGGAAGCUGAAACUUGAGCGCUAAGUUUGCUGAGUUUUGGGGGUGUGGUGGUCUUUCGCGGGAGGGGCUGGGGCAGGGACAAGAGCCUCCCUCCUUUUCUGUCUCUCCACACACACGGCCCACGAAAGCAGCAGCAGCAGCAGCGAUGGGAACGCAUGGAGUAGUUGUGCGGGCUCCCUUGGCGACUCCAGCGGCUUAUUAGCCACGUAGCAACUUGUGUCUUGAAGAGCUGCCAGACACAGGCUUCCGUCAUGCCGAACAGCAGGAUCCUGGACGAAUUUGCGGUGGCCGAGGAGGCCCAGGAGAUGUUGAUGCAACACCGUCCCCAGAUUGAGCGCCUCUUUCAGGUGGAGCUGAAUGUCAUGGGGGUGCUGGGAUUGGACCCCAAAGGAGCAAGGAAGAUCUGGUUGCAGCUGCAAGGAAGCCAAGAUAAUCUUCGCAGGGCAAAGGAAUACAUUAAAGGUCUUUGUGGCCCAGAGGUUCAGGAGGAAAUACAGUACCCUAAAGAUAUGCAGUGCAUUUUCUUAGGUGCACAUGGGUUAUUUCUGGAUUGUCUCAUUCGAGGGACGUCAGCGAGCCUCACCUUUCUCCGCCCGGGUACGCUGCUGAUCUCAGGGUUGGCAGAAGCCUUUGUCAUGGCUCAGAGCAGGAUCCAGGAAUUUGUGGGGAAACACCAGAAGAACCCCAAGCUUCCAGAGGAACGUGAAGCUCAAGUGAAGCGGUCCUUUCGGGAACUGGUGGAGAAAUAUGAUGACAAACAUGCUAUGGAUCUUUUGAUCUUGCCCACCUCGGUCAAAGCGGAGUUGCUGGGUUUGGUCAAGGAGAUUCAGGAAGACAACACACGGGGGCAAAGGAAUGGCUACAGGACACCGUUCGGUUUCGGGAGAGAUUGUUCACUGCGGUGGGAAGCCAACGCUGCAAGUAGUGGCGGAUCUGGGACUCCAGAUCGGCUUCAAUCUGCCUUUGACAUACCUGAAGAACUCAGUCAAAUCCAGGAAGAGAAUAGAACUGGAGGCUCCGGUCAUGACUGGCCUGUGGAAUUUACCAAGCCACAAGAAUCUCUUCACAAAGCUGCUCAUUUGAUGCAACUACCGUACUCGGCUAGACCUUGGGAUGCCACAGCGGACUUGCCUACUGUGGAUGCGAAAUCUCAAGACCCAAAACAUCUUCAUGUCCCACGGGAUGACCUUUUCAGAAAUUCCGAUGAGAAAUCCCAAUUGCACCCCAAGCCACAGGGACAUCUGUCAGUCUUGAAUGAUCCUCGGCAUUGGCUUGAAGCCACGGCCACUAAGAAUUCUGGGAUUCCCAAGAGUUCCUCCAAGCCGAUUCUAGUUAAAUCCAAGGGUCAGAUUCUACCUGGAUAUGAAGGCCUCCAGGAAAGCUUGGAGGAUCAUCAGGCAGGAGAGAAGGAUCCCUUUUGGGCAACAGGAUCGAGUCCCGUUAGUUUGCCCGAGGAAACCACGGAGGGGGAGGGAGAGGGAGAGGCAACGUCUGACAUUUUGCUGUCAUCGUGGAGCGAAAAAGAGUUCAAAAUGAGGCUAAACUUCUUCAAAACAAUGGGCUACGAAGAGCACGUGGUCAAAAAGAUACUACUGGAGGGUGGAGUUAAAGAAGCCCCUUCAACCAUCUUGGAUAGAGUCCAGAUGAUGGCGGCAGGCUUGUCUCAAAACGAAGACACCUCCCUGUCUCAGGGAGAGCCUGAACGGCAAGCUCUCGCUGCUUUGUCUCUGGAAGACACGUACGAUGAAAACAUUUAUGUCCAGGAACUGAUCAAAACGGCAGUGGUCAACUGCGGCCAUUGUCCCAGCAAGAUCCCCACAGAGAUACAAGCAGGAGCCCCAUUGGCAAGUCUCCUGAGGCAGCUCAACGAGAAAGGGGAAUGCCACAACAAAAGUGAGAGUCCAACAGGAGGAUCAUCAACAAAGCCAGAACAUGGAGGUCAGUCUGGCAUCCAGAGGGCAACCAUUUUGAAUCACGGGGAAUCUUCUCCGCCGAGGACUCCUCCAGGGAAAAGGUGGAAUGGCGCCCUUUCGAAUCACAAAGGUGCCCAUGUUUCAGCAAGUCAUCCUGGAGUUUCUCCCACGGCUAAUUUUUUAUCCUCCCUAUCGGAUCCUGAGGGGAUCCAGUCAGCCGAAAGCACCAAAAUGGAAGCUCUUCACCAGGCCUCUGUUUCCACGGUAACGGGAGCUCAGCGCUUUGAGGAAGCUCUCCAGACGAAGUUCAAGCUCAAGUUGGCCAACACACCCGGGAAGAAGAAUUUGCGGAUGGUCAUUAUUGAUGGUAGCAAUGUGGCCAUGAUGCACGGUCUGAACCAGUUCUUCUCAUGCCGAGGAAUCGCCCUAGCUGUUCAGUAUUUCUGGGACCGAGGCCACCGCGAAGUGAAUGUCUUAGUGCCCGCUUACCGGAUGGAAAAAGAUUCUAAUGUGAGAGAGAGGCACUUCUUGACCGAGCUGCACGACCUAAGUAUCCUAUCCCUUACACCAUCCCGUAAAAUCGACGGGAGAGGCAUUGUCCCAUAUGAUGACAGAAUGAUGCUGAAUCUAGCGGAACAGACCAACGGGGUGAUUGUCACCAACGACCAGUUCCGGGACCUUGCCAAAGAAUCCAAGAGAUGGAUCAAGAUCAUCAAAGAGAGCUUGUUGCAGUACACCUUCGUGGGGAACAUAUUCAUGGUGCCGGACGAUCCCUUAGGACGAAGCGGCCCUACCUUAGCAGAGUUCCUGAGGAAGAAAACAAGAACCAAGUAUCCCGACUGCCACUCUUUCAACGGAAAGCCCUCCUCACUGUUCCCGCCACCCCGUCCUGUCUCGCAGACAGAGGUCCUUCACCUCCGGGACAGGAGGCCCCCUUCAGGUUCUGGAGAGGACUACAGUAGAGGAUGGCAGGACAGCCCGGUUGAGAAGGAGAAACUCCGUUCCAAGGAGGAGACCGAGUGGCUGAGGAAGAAGCUUUUGGAGAUUUUUGUGGGACAAGACAGAAAAGUGGACUUUGUGCUCAUGAGAGAGCUUUGCUGUCAAGACCUGAAUAAGCUCUCAGAGGCCAUUCUCAGUUUUACUUUCUGAACCAGCUGGUGGAUGAUUCCUUCUGUGUCAUGUUACCAAAAUGAGGGGACCUAACACAGUUGCCUUCAGAUAUUGAACUUCAAAUGAUUGGCGUGGCCUUUGUGGAGAAAAUGCUUCAGAAUGAAGACGGCACUGUUGUUGUUGUUUCCCCCUGUUUCCUUUAAUAUCAGAUGAAUCUCACCUUUCCAUCAGAUUUCCUUCUCUUCAAUAAUCGGAGCGCGCUCUCUCUCUCUCUCGCUCCAUUCCGGAAACGUGAAGUCGCUUGCCGGAAGUUGACUCCCGACACGCAAUAUGGCGGACCUAAGCUAUGGGAGAGCGGAAGACUUUUGAGACGGAAUGACUCCAAAUAAAUCGGUCCUUUGCCGGGAGAAAUUCCUUGCAGGAUUUCUCACUCUUAAAGGCCCAAUUCCCAGCAUCCAAUCUUGGGCUCCGUUUUCACCAAUCAGCAAAUUCUGUGAUUAAAAAAAAAAUAUCACGACUUUUGUAAGCUUUUGCUUUAAAAGGGUAGAGAGCUGAGGGAUCCUCGGUGCUCCGUGAGCUUGGUUGUUCUCUUGUAGUUGUUUCGCUACCCAAACUAGGUCACUAGUGAUAGCGCUGAUGAUGUUACCUAGUUGGGUAGUGAGACGUCUGCAAGAAAACAACCAAGCUCAGAGAGCAUCAAGAACCCCUUACAUUAACCCUGAGCUAUCACUGUUCUCCUUUAUUGGUAGAGAUGCUUACACAGAAUCUCCCUUUUAGGCUUAGCGAAAGGACCACCGUUGUGUAUUCUCAGCAUUCACCCAGUUUGAUUGGAGUCCAGUUUAAUAUUAACACGCAUUGCAAGAUUAGAUUUCUGGUUUGAUAAAAAAAAAAAAAGCUGUUUUAUACUUCUACAAUAGCUUUCCUCAAAGUGGCAACCUCCAGAUGUAUUCAGUGUCUAAAGGUGCAGUUAUCCAUCUUGCUAUUCAAAAAAAAAAAAGGAUGGGAAUUAGUCAUCCAA